GAGAACUGUUACGUACACCAUGGAGUGUCAGAAAAAGUUCCAUAUGCACGUUACAUCGUUAAUGCGCAUGGCUUUGGCGAUAGGCCAGGAGAGGGGUAUGGGGAGUAUUAACCACCAACGCCAUAUGCAGUUGGAUGAUGAUUCCUGUGCCCUAAACAGGAAGCUAUCUAGUUGAUUAUAGGUAGUGACUUAAGCAUAAAAGGAUGCUUCAAUCCGGUGGGAUUAAAGGGUAAUUCUAGAAGGUUACGCAGAUUCUGACAAGUUAUAAUACUGAAUACGGGCUUACCUAUCUAGUAAGCUAUGCAGUCUGGGGAAGAGACUCGUCAAAAUGUCGAAGGCGGAAUUGAAACUGAGGGACUUACCAAUAAUCCGUUGACUCACAACGACCUAUCUGAGAGAAUUGACCCUAUCACGGUACUUGAGGCUUCACCCACAGGGCGCAUAUACAGCUAUGGGACGGAAAAUGGGCUGGUGCAUUUAUUUGACUUGCAUCAAGACAGACUUUUCAAAACCCUUACAUCUCAAGACUCUCUGAGCAUCGAGCAGAUAAGCUGGAGCUAUGAUGGAAAGUACCUCUGCUUCUCCGACACUGACCGAAUGGUCUUCAUCAUAUCGGUAACUACGGACGACAGGUCUCCAGAGCUGGUUGUGGUAACCAAAGCAGAAGUUUCAGUAAGGAAUAUAACGAAAGGGCCGAUUACGCAAUUGCUUUUCCGACCUGAUUUGAGUUGUCUAUUGGUAUCUACCUCAAACACUGUCCAUACCAUCUCGCUCAUAUCAUUCUCAAUAGUUCACUCAGCUGAAUUGAGGAUUGCUGAAUGCAAGUGGAUUGUUCACCCUCAGAACCCAGAACUAAUCAUUGGAUUCGGCCCUGAACAUACACAGGUUCUGGGCUGGGACUUAAUUGAGAAGCAAUUCUAUAUUACAUGGCUAGCGGGUUCCUCAGAGCAGCUGAAAGUUGAUCAAGUCAUCGCCACUCAAGAUAAAAGACACAUACUAGUCCAAAAGUCGCAUCGGGACAACAAUGUGACUGAAAAAGGUCACCAUUACUUCGAAACGUCUAAGUUAUCAACGCCUUCACCGUUGAGAGUUCCAGCCGUAUUGCCGCAAGACAUAUCAUCUGAGAUCGUUCUUCCAUUGUCAUUCCAGUCAGACAAUCGCCUCAUAUUCCUUUCUAGAAACUUCUCCAUCUGUUCUUGGAAGAUUCCUUCAGACUCGGGCAGAUUCAUCGUUGCCUCAAGACCUAGACCUAACAACAAUAUAGACACCCCGACUUCAUCUGCCUCGAGUGUUACCCCUGAAAAGGAGUUUGAGGAGCUUUUCUCAUUGCCAUGGGACUCUACUAGCAGAGAUAAUCUCUCUCUGUGCGCUGUAUGGGGAAAGGAGAAGUCUUUUCUCUACCCGAGAAAUGGGGAGGUGGUUGUUGUUCGAUGUGAAGUUCUGGGUUGAUGCCUCUACAAUAUUAGACUGUGCGCCAAAGUAUCCUCUUCCCUGCCUAUGUGGGGUAAUAUACACAUAUUAUGGUAGGUGAAAUGCCGGUUGUGGAACAUAGGGGAUAGUUCUGAUUACCUCAUUCCGGUCACAGCAGCUUAUGUAAUCUGAUCUAAGGGGGGUGUAUGCUUAAGAAGUUGACCAAGUAUUGUCCAAGUCUCCUAAAUAACAGUUCACAACUCACGUUACCAUGUUGAAGUUGAUCCUAAUAGAAUUUCUAGUUAACUCAUGAAUAGGGGGACUUCAGUUGGAAUACCACCACUACCAUGACAUCUGUUGGUCACAAAUUAACAAUGAUAGAACACUCACCAAAUCCUCCGUGUGCCCCCUUAAAUAAACAGAUAAAGACUUAACAGAAUAGAACAUAUAUG